GCCGGCCGCCGCCAGAUGGCUCCCUCGCGUCAACACAGCCUGACGUGUCGCAAGCGGAGUCAGUUUUCGAGUGUCAAAGCUGUCUAAGAGAAGAAGAAGCCGUAGGAGAAUCCGAGUCCGCCUGUGGCCCCGCCUGCCCUCCGCCGCCCGCGCCGCCGCCCGCGCCGCCGCCAUGCACACGCUCCUCGCCCGCGCCAACGCCGUCAGCGCCUUCAGCCUGAGCACCCUGGCCGCCCUCACCUUCUUCUGCUUCGCCUCCACCUUCUUCAUCAACUACUCUGCGCCCGUGUCCAUCAGCGCCGCCAACAUCGUCCUGAAAAAUGUGCCAGAGUAUGCAGUGUCACGAGAGAAGAACGACUUGGGAGCCCUGCGCUUUGACUUGAACACUGAUCUGACGCCUUUGUUUAACUGGAACACAAAGCAGCUCUUUCUCUACCUCACUGCUGAGUAUCAGACUCAGAAUAACAAAGUGAAUCAGGUGGUGUUAUGGGACAAGAUUAUCCAGCGAGGAGAGGCUUCAGUGGUCAAACUCAAGAACCAGCACCUCAAGUACUAUUUUUGGGAUGAUGGAAAUGGUCUCCUUGGGCACAAGAAUGUAAGCUUGUACCUGUCCUGGAACAUCAUUCCCAUUGCGGGUACGCUGCCCACCUGGAGCGGCAGUGGAGUCUAUAAACUGGCUUUUCCCUCAGAAUACACACAAGGCCGUAGUUACUAAGGGAAUUUGUAAUGUUUAAGUAAUGUCCUGUUAUUCUAAUCAGAAAGAAAUUGAUGUUUCCAGGUAUAUGUAUUAAAAUUGGCCCUCAGAUGCUAAUCAGAAUGAUCAAUAGAAAUAUUUAGAUAUUUUAUUUACAUUUAUUUAGUUUAUUUUUCCUCUUUUAUUUUCUUUCAGUUUUUUUUUGUUAAAUAUUUUGGGUAAUGCAGGAAGUGGCUCAACACUGAUAGAAUGAGCAGAGCUUGCUUUGUGUGUGGCUGGAAUUUAGUAAUGCCUGAUUGUAAUGGUGAAGGUAAAUUUAAAAUCUUGUAAAAAAAAAUUAUGCCCUGACAAAAAAAAGUGAAGGGUUUUGCAGUUCAUAUUCUGAAAAGGGGGUCUAUUUUGGAAAGGAAUAUAUUUAAAUCUAUUUGGAAAGAGGCUAAUGGAAGUGAUUGUUUGUUAAACCUGUUUAAAGACAGUGAGAUUCAAAAAGCAAUUCAAAGUUGGUGGUGAAGUAUUACAAAUCUUACACAUUCAAGAUUGAUGGUAUAGAUUUUUUCAUUUCUCUUUUUGUUUUUAGAUUUUUUAAUAGUUUACUGCUCUUUCAAAAUUGUAAGUUAUUAUAUUUUUUCAAAACCCUUUCUUUUAUGGUUUUCAAGGUCUGACAGAAAAAAAGGUUUCUAGUUUUAACCUAAGAAAUCAUUGUUUAUGUAGGCUAAGGCAAUUGAUUUUUAUAAGUUCAUAAAUUCUAUACAAAACUUGUAGAUAUUGUCAGUGUGACUUUUGAUGUAUUUAUUUCAUUGCCAGAAUCCAUGAUUACUAUUUUUAAGUCUUCUAAAUUCAAGUAAAAACAUGUUGACUCCCUUGUUCACAGUUAACCUGUUUCUUGUAAUAAAGUCUUUUCCACAAA